CGGGACUUCUGCUCGGGGCGGCCUGGGUGCCGGCGCUGGGGCCGCCUCCCCGCACCUGGCGCGCGCGUGGGGCGCGGGGGCUCAGGGGCGGCCUGCGGGGCGGGCGCGCGCGGCGAGGCCGUUGGAUUGGCGGGCAGAACCGGGUCUGCGCGCUUCGUGACCCGGCGCUGGGAGAGCGGCCGCCUGGGGCGCUGAGGCUCCGCGCGCUUCCGUCAUGGACUACCGGCGGCUGCUGAUGAGUCGGGCGGUCCCCGGGCAGUUUGACGACGCCGACUCCUCGGACAGUGAAAACAUUGACUUGAAGACAGUCAGAGAGGACGAUGAUGUUCUAUUUGAAGACCUUCAAAAUAAUGUGAAUGAGAAGAUGGGUGAAGGUGAGAUGGAAGAGGAGGAGGAGGAAGAUGAUGACGAGGACGAUUGGGACUGGGAUGACGGAGUUGGAAAACUCACCAGGUGUUACGCCUCAGGUGGAGGGAGUAACCCACAGGCAAAUCGACAGACUCCCAACUGCAAUUCAGCCAAAAUGUCAACUCCAGCAGACAAGGUCUUAAGGAAAUUUGAAAACAAAAUUAAUCUAGAUAAACUAAAUGUUACUGAUUCUGUCAUAAACAAAGUCACUGAAAAGUCUAGACAAAAGGAAGCAGAUAUGUAUCGCAUCAAAGAUAAGGCGGACAGAGCAACCGUAGAACAGGUGUUGGAUCCCAGGACACGAAUGAUAUUGUUCAAGAUGCUGACCAGAGGAAUCAUAUCAGAGAUCAACGGCUGCAUCAGCACGGGAAAAGAAGCAAACGUGUAUCACGCUCGCACAGCGAGUGGAGAGAGCAGAGCCAUCAAAAUCUAUAAAACCUCUAUUUUGGUGUUUAAGGACCGCGAUAAGUAUGUCAGUGGGGAAUUCAGAUUUCGUCGUGGCUACUGUAAAGGCAACCCCAGAAAAAUGGUGAAAACGUGGGCAGAAAAGGAAAUGAGGAACUUAAUCAGGCUAAACACAGCAGAGAUCCCAUGCCCAGAGCCUAUCCUGCUGCGAAGUCACGUUCUCGUCAUGGGUUUCAUUGGGAAAGACGACAUGCCAGCACCGCUGUUGAAGAACGUGCAGUUGUCAGAAUCCAAGGCUCGGGAGUUGUACGUACAGGUGAUCGAGUACAUGAGGAGAAUGUACCAGGAUGCCAGGCUCGUGCACUCAGACCUCAGUGAAUUCAACAUGCUGUACCAGGGCGGAGGUGUGUACAUCAUUGAUGUCUCUCAGUCCGUGGAGCACGACCACCCGCAUGCCUUGGAGUUCCUGAGAAAGGACUGCGCCAACGUCAACGAUUUCUUCCUGAAGCAUGGGGUUGCCGUUAUGACCGUGCGGGAGCUCUUUGAAUUUGUCACAGACCCGUCAGUUACCCACGAGAACCAGGACGCGUAUCUCGCCAAGGCCAUGGAAAUAGCAUCUCAAAGGACCAAGGAAGAAAGGUCCAGCCAAGAUCAUGUGGAUGAAGAGGUGUUUAAGCGAGCUUACAUUCCCAGGACCUUGAAUGAAGUGACGAACUACGAGAGGGAUAUGGAUCUAAUGAUGAGACUGAAGGAGGAGGACAUGGCCAUGGACGCCCAGCAGGACGACAUUCUAUACCAAACUGUCACGGGACUGAGGAAGGAUUUGUCAGGCGUUCAGAAGGUCCCUGCACUCCUAGAAAGUCAAGUUAAGGAAAGUCAAGUUGAGGAAAAGACUUGUUCUGAUUCAGAAGAUGCUGGAAGCUCUGAGUGUUCUGACACAGACUCUGAAGAACAGGGAGGCAACGCCUAUUCCAAGAAGCCCACCACUGACCUUGAAGUUGAUAAAAAGGAAAGAAAAAAGAUGGUCAAGGAAGCCCAGAGAGAGAAAAGAAAAAACAAAAUUCCUAAACACGUGAAAAAAAGAAAGGAGAAGACGGCCAAGACGAAAAGGGGCAAAUAGAAGCAGAACUGUAUCAUGUACCGUAAUCUUCCAUCAGUUAUGUUUCUCGCCUGUGCUCUGAGCUGCGCCUGGAGGGUGGGUUAUUGAUUUUAACUGAAUGGUUAUUACUGCAGUGUCCAUGAGGACAAAGUCACGUGUGUUCAUGUAAUUAUGUAAAAAGCUCUACGCUCUAGUAUCUGGGUCCAGUCCCAAGCUCUUAAAUAAGUCCCAAGGAUUUAUUUAAGCUACUAUUUUAAUGAAGAACUUAUACAAUUUUAUUUUUGUAUAUUUUUUUCUCCUGCAAUGUGGUUUUUGAAGCACUGUAACUAUUUAAAUGUAUUGAGCAUUCAUGCCCUUUAUGUAAGUGUAUAGGCAUUUUGGACAAACUUGGGCAAGUUGUUUUUGCUUUGUUUGUACGUGCCAAAGAGAAUUGAAAUCAUUUGGUUAUGAGGCCCUGGUUUCUAUAAAAGGGAGUUUCACUGAUACAGAGAAUUCGGUUGGCUGUUGAUAUAAGUGUACAUUGCAACUCUGUUCUUUAUGUGCUGAUGAUUAUUUAUUGUACUUACUCUUCAUCUUUAAUAUUCUGUGUUGAGCUAGGGCCUCCCAGUUCAUAUGCUGCUUCACAUUCAACUGUGUGGCCUGUUCAUUCAUUCAUUCAUCAAACAUUUGAGUAUUUUAGGUGUGGGAGAUACAGCAGUAAAUCAAAAGCAGUUUCCAUAGAUAAACCUAGUUUCCCUUAAACUGAAGCUUGCACCUGUGUUUGAGAAUCAGUGGGUUAUUGAGGGAGGGGCAGGUCAACUGGAUAAAGCAGACGGAAGUUACUACUUCAGAUGGUUUACAUUUUAAUAGGAAGACAAGACAUUAAACAAAAUAAGUGAAAAACAAUGUAUCAGCAGGUAAUAAAUUCCAGGGGGAGCAAUAAUGCAAAGAAGAGAGAAGGCCUGGGGUGGCAGGAGAGUGCAGGUUUAACAGGCCACACCGAUAGGCUGUAUUUGAGCAAAUACUUGAGGAUGUGAGUCAUGUGCAUGUCGGGAGAGAAGAGCAUUCCAGGCAAAGCAAACAGCAAAUGCAAAGGUCCUGAGGCAGAAGUGUGCCUGAAAUGUUCCAGAAACAGAAAGCUAAAGCACCAGAACUGGGGCGGGGGGUUUGGGGGGGGUUAAGUAGCAGCUGGAUCAGGUGGUAUGAGGUGCCUGGAAGCUUCUGAGCAGAGGAAUGACGUGAUCUGACUUGUGUUUUGAGAGGGUCUUGAUCCCCCUGGCUUCCACAGAGAAUUGACCAGGAGGCAAGGGGCGGGGGUCCAGCUGGGUAUUUCUUGUGGUCAUUUACGCCAGAGAUGCUGGUGGCUUGGUCUAGGAUGGUAGCAGUGGAAAUGGAGAGAAGCGGUUGGCUUCUAGGCAUAGCAGGUACAGUGAACUGGUUGUGCCAGGAGCCCUGCCGAUUGUAGUCCUUGAAUCAAAGGCAGUUUCCAUAGAUAAGCCUAGUUUCCCUUAAACUGACACCUGCACUUGCUUGUUUGAGAAUCAGUGGGUUUUUGAGGGGAGGGGUGGGGUCAAUUGAGUUUUUCAAGCUUUAAGUCAAAUUUAUUAUAUUCAUAAUAUCCUCUCUUCCUGACUUGAAAAAAGUUCAAAACGUGAAAUUUAAUUUCAGUGAAACACAGUUGUGUCCCUUGUAAAAUAAUUCUGCAGCUAACACAACCAAAGAGAAAACAAAAAGGAGGCUGUACAAUCCGGUAACCUUGGGGGAGGUUUCAUCUUCAGGACCCUCUGGUUCUGGGAUGGGUUGGGUCUUCCCUGCGACCAGGUGUGCUGGAUGCAGGUGGCCGGGCUCCUCGGUGCUGUCUUUGGUAAACGGAAUGCACGCACUAGGUUUGGAUUCGGUCUCACCGGGCAAGCGUCGUGUCGGCAGGGUGGACGCUCCUUCUCCUUACCCACUGCCUGGAGGGAGCCACUUGUGACAGGCCGAGGUUUGGGACUGCAGGGGGGUUCUGAUUUGAGGAGCCUUUUUCUGACAGCUUGCUGGUGUGGCCGUUUCCCUGUCUGGAUUCUGGGCUGUAGCUGUGGCUGAGUGGGAACCGCUGGUAGCAUUCUCGCCAAACGGGUCUGAAACCAUUUCCCUCAUUUCUUUCUUGCCAGGAGGUCUGGAAGAAGGAGCCUCUGCUCAGGCAGACUUACAGGGCUACGUUCUGGAUUUGACUGCAACAGAACUUUGAGCACUUGACAGGUUUUAGUGUCCCUGGAGUAUUGGUCGUGCAGUGACUUUCCAUUUGGAGAGAUGAGCUUUGGGGUCUCUUGGUCCAAAGGCUGGAACGUCACUCUGUCAGUUGUUGACACAUCUAGUUUUCUGUCCUAUUUUGUUGCUUUUCUAAUCCCUUCAAAAAAUGCAGGCGUUUCUAAAGGUUUACUCUGAGGAAUCUGGAUGAUUUUGUUGAAGCACGGCAUCACGGCUAUUUCCUCUGUGGCUCUAGUUCUUAUUCUUCCUUUGAUGAAGCAGUGUAGGGAGCUCCAGCAUUUGAGCCUGGGCUUGGAGUGGGCACAGUGGCAGCUGUCUGCCUUGGUCUGAUCAAAUGGAAAUCCACGUUCAGGGCUGACAUCAAGUUUUCUUCAGCUUUCUCUACUCCUUGAUGAAAUGGAUGCGAGAGGUUAAAGAACUUUGUGGUUUGGUGCUAAGACUUGUUGGAGAAGAUCUCUCCUUUUCAUGAGUUUCUGUUGAAUUUGUGCAAGCAGCUUGCUGUUUCUUGAUUGCAGGCCUAUCCUGUUUGAUGGCUAUGAUUUCAUUAACCUUUUUGGCUCCAAAAAUGAGGAGUUGAAAAAGUUCUAGAAGCUAGUAAAAAUUCAGUUGAAGGACAUCUGAAAUGUCAUGGGCUCUGAAUGUUGAGAUUUCUGAAAAUCCUUUUUGUUUUCAAGAGCUUGACAGAUUUUCUAAUUUUUAGUUGUUUAUACACAUAUAAGGAAAGACCAGGAACAUUCAUUGAGAGCUUGACUUUGACUUCUGGGGUUUACUUUUUGAUGAUGAGGGUCGCAUGAAUCAGUAGGUACAGCAAAUCCUACUCCUCAAAGUAUAGUUUCCUGUGAAGAUUUCUUGUGACCACCUCAAAUGAAUAAGAUUUUCAGCCACUGGUGAUCAUAAAACGAGAACUCUCCGUGUUCUGUCUCUUGGAUUGGAUUUAGGUUAUUUCAUUCCCUACAUUUUGGUUGGAGUUUUUAACUUCCAUCUCCUUCGGGUUUGUGUUGCCUUGGACAUCAGGGCUUUUAUUAUUGUUCCAGGGGAAAUUAGUGUUGGGUCUGAAAUCAUUUAAGCUCGUUUCCGAAGGAGACGAUACCGUCCUCACAUCUGUGUUCUCCAGAGAUCUUAGUCCCGGUUAGGGAUCGUGCUGUGAGAACCUGGGCUUGAAUUUGGAGAAUGAAGACUUGAACUUGUGGAAUUUUCAGCUUUGGUUUUCAGCUCUCCUUCAUUUUCUGUGUCUCUCCACAUUCUGCUCUGACUGCUGGCAGGCUGUGAUCGUGAGGAGGGGGCCCUCGUGGCUGCCUGGAGUAGCCCUGCACCCACAGAAUCCUUUCUCUCUCCUUUUUUUCCACAAUGACCAGGGUGGCAUCUGCAAGGGAGCACAGUUAUUUCUUGCUCUUUGAGAGCUUUCUGCCCUUCUUAUCAGUGCCUCUUAAUAAUUUUAAGGCUGGGCAACUUAAUCAUCUCGGGGUGAAAUUUUAACCUUUACACAUUUUCUGCAUAGCUCUCUUGGGGUCAUUAACUUGUCAGUGAAAAAGGGGUAGGUCCUCGGGGCCGAAGUGCAUCAGCCGGAGAGACAGGCAGGCGGAGGAUGGGCUAAGUCUGUACGUGUCGAGGUUGCCCUUGUGGGUAGCAUCUGUGGUACAGCCGUGGGCAUGAGUGGGGAGCGUCGAAGGCUUAGAAGGUCAAGGAACUGAGACCAGGGUUUUGGAGGGACCAUCUGUGUUAGGACAGACCUAGUUUUAGAGUGUCAGUGAGAGACAUGCCUGAAUCUUCAGCAGGCUGUGGGAGGGGUGGCAUGGACGCCUGCAGUGUUUGGGGAGGCGUGUGGUGUCUGAUGACGUCAGUGCCUUCCGGAGAGCCAGGAUUUAAGUGGGGCAAGGAAAGGGGAGCCCUCAGAGGAGAAGUUGAGGAUACGAGGCUUCUUGCUGGUGUCUGACCCCGCGUGGGUUCCGGAUGGCGCUGGGGAAGCGUUUCAGGAUGGAGAAGGGUGGGAAGGACCCGUUGUGGGGUUGGGUGCUUCCGGGUCUGAGAACCUGACCCUGCUAAGUAGGCAGAGGCCACAAGUACAUGGAGAUAAGAAUAGUGCCUGCCUCAUGGAGUUAUUGUGAAGGACACUGAGGAGAGCUAAGGGGAGCUUGGUAAGGACUGGAUCAGGCUGGUGAACCUGAGCUCAGUCACUAAGGUGGAACAGCCAGACCCCUCGGUGUUCCUGCCGUGAUGUGUAAAGAGGUUCACAGAACCACCUAGAAAGCACCUGGCCAAAAACGUUGACCCUCAACCCAUGUAGCCUCCAGCUGUAAAUCAGCAGUUUACAGGAAGAACACAGCUCACAGGAGCAGGAUAAGUGAUUCUGGGAGGAUAUAGUCAACCGAAUUCAGAAUAAGGGGGGGAGAAAAAGAAGAGGGAGAACUAUGAUAAAAAGUGAGAGAGGUCUAAGACAUAGAUCCUGAUGCUGUGGCUUUCCCUUGGAUCCUGAUUAGAUCAAAGCAAUUGUAAAACUCUGGGCUGCUGUGGGCGUCUUUGUAGACAAAUGGGGAGAACUAAAAGUGGAGGAGGCGUUAAAUGAUGGUGAGGAACUAGUUUUCCUUGGUGUGAUAGUGGUAUCGAUCUUAAAAUGGUUCUCUCAGAGCAUGGACUGAAGUCUGGGUGGGUGCAGUGGACAGGAUGCCUGCGAGUGCUCGAAAAUUCUCCAUCCUUCGCUGACCCCCAGAGGGAAGUGGUGGGUGAAGCCUGAACAGCAGGAGGUCCGUAGUUGCCAAACGGAGUAGUGGGUGUGGGGGGGGGGGGGGGGCGGGUUAUUACGCACCUCUCGCUCCAUAACAAGUUCUGUAAGAAAAAAGUUUUGUUUGUUUUUUUUACUGAGUAGUCAACGUAUAUGUUAAAUACUUAAAACGGGGCGUGUCACAUAGUACUGUAUUAUGCAAGUAUCUGUAUUUUUAUUUUACUUGUUAUUUUUAAGUAUAACUUUUUUUUGCCCAGUCAUCAAGGUUUAAUCACCCGGGACAAAGAAGUAGGUCUAGGUAGGAUGGUAACGGCUUCUGGUCCUGGCGCAGUUUGGUGUCACCUGAAAUGCUUUUUGGUUCUGAAAUUCCAGCUCUCCUCAUGGAGGCCGCUCGAGAACUUGUAUGUUGAACAAAUGCUGACAAAAGUCUUAGUUCUGCCAAGCCUGUCCCUUGUUUUCAGACGUGUCACCUUCUCAGUGAGCUGUCCUAAGCACUCUGUCUGGAUCUGCGUUCUGCCCCCUACACGAAGGCCCCUACACACCUUGUCACCUCCGCUCCACGUUGUUUUUCUAAAGCUCCUCUCACUGACUUACCGGUAGACCUCGUUUUAUUGCACUUCACAGAUAAUUGCGUUUUUUACAGUGAAGGUAUGUGGCAACCCUGUGUGGAGCAUGUCUGUCUGUCUGUGCCAUUUUUUCAACAGCAUUUGCUUAUUUUGUGACUCCAUGUUACAUACUCUGAUAAUGCUCACAAUCUUUCAAACCCUCUACCAGCAAAAAGGUUACAACAUGCUGACAGCGGAGAUGAUGGUUAGCAUUUUUUAGCAAUAAAGGAUUUUUUAAGUAAUUUUUUUAGACAUAAGUGUUGCACACUUACAGACGACCGUCGAGUGUGCACAUCACUUUUAUAUGCACGGGGGGACCAGAAGCCCCGCGUGACUUGCUUUAUUGCGAUACCCGCUUCAUUUGGUGGUCUGGAGCUGAGCCCACCGUACGUCCGAGCUCUGCCUGUACGUACGCGUUAGAUGUUCUUACACGUAUCGUGUGUCUUCCCUCCCCUCCCAACCCCUUACUAGAAUGUACGCGCCACUGGGGCAGGGAUUUUUACCUUUGUUCAGUUCUGUACCCCAGCACCUAGAACUGUGUCUAAAAUAUGGUAAAUGCUCAAUAAACAUUGACGUGCGUAAUAAGUUGUGUUUCGUAA